GUCAGCGGCUGCGCCAUUGUUUUUGUUGAUCCUGCGUUGUAGGCAAGGAAAAUUUAUUAAUUUUGCUCUGCAUCGGAGGAGGAUUUCAAAAUGGCCGGAUCAUUUGCGUUAUCGAGGGUCUCCCUGCUGCCGAAGAAUAGCUUAGGCAGUGUUGGAGCCAGCCUAACACAAGUAAGACAUUUUGCUGAUGCUCCGCCGCCACAAACCAAGACAAAGUUCGGCCCAUUGGCCGAUGAGGACCGUAUCUUCACCAACCUCUACGGACGACAUGACUGGAGGCUCAAAGGAGCUCUCAAACGAGGAGACUGGUACAAGACCAAAGAAAUACUUCUCAAGGGGCCUGACUACAUCAUCAAUGAAGUGAAAACAUCUGGGUUGAGAGGCCGAGGUGGCGCCGGGUUUCCAACUGGAAUGAAAUGGAGUUUUAUGAACAAGCCUUCUGAUGGCAGGCCCAAGUACCUGGUUGUGAAUGCUGACGAAGGAGAGCCAGGAACGUGCAAGGACCGAGAGAUUAUGCGUCACGACCCACACAAGCUGGUGGAGGGCUGUCUGAUCGCAGGUCAUGCCAUGGGCGCCCGAGCUGCGUACAUCUACAUCCGAGGAGAGUUCUACAACGAGGCGUCUAACAUGCAAGUGGCCAUCAGUGAGGCCUACCAAGCGGGCCUGAUCGGCAAGAACGCCUGUGGCUCUGGCUACGACUUUGACGUGUUCAUGCACCGAGGCGCAGGAGCUUACAUUUGCGGUGAGGAGACAGCGCUCAUCGAGUCCAUUGAGGGGAAGCAGGGUAAGCCCCGCCUCAAGCCACCAUUCCCCGCAGACGUCGGAGUGUUCGGCUGCCCCACUACUGUUAGCAACGUGGAGACCGUAGCAGUUGCUCCUGCCAUUUGUCGACGCGGCGGUGCAUGGUUCGCCGGGCUCGGAAGACCUCGUAACUCAGGUACCAAGCUGUUCAACAUCUCCGGCCACGUCAACACACCUUGCACUGUGGAGGAGGAGAUGUCCAUUCCUCUGAAGGAACUGAUUGAGCUACACGCGGGCGGAGUGGUGGGCGGAUGGGACAACCUGCUAGCUGUGAUACCCGGCGGCUCGUCUACACCACUGAUACCAAAGAGUGUGUGCGAGGAUGUACUGAUGGACUUUGACGGCUUGGUAGCUGCCCAGACCAGCUUGGGAACUGCGGCCAUCAUUGUGAUGAACAAACAAACAGACGUCAUCAAGGCCAUUGCCCGUCUCAUCAUGUUCUACAAACACGAGUCCUGUGGCCAGUGCACACCGUGCCGUGAGGGCAUCAACUGGAUGAACAAGCUCAUGUAUCGCUUCGUCGAUGGAAAUGCUCGCCCUGAGGAGAUCGAUAUGCUCUGGGAACUAAGCAAGCAGAUCGAGGGACACACCAUCUGCGCUUUGGGCGACGGCGCAGCCUGGCCUGUACAGGGUCUCAUCCGACACUUCAGACCAGAAAUCGAAGAAAGGAUGAAGAAGUUCCACGAGGAGCAGAAAGUCGCUAAACAGAACUAAUACUAUGUGUAUACUCACUAGAGGCCGCAAAGGCUGGAUAGGCCACACACUAAGCCAGGGAAAACAACCCAUUUAUGCAAUGAUAUUUAUUAAGUUAUUAACCACAAUUGUGAUUUUCCCGGCAAGGAAUUAAAUGUAUUUGGUUUUGUACAGUAUUAAAAUUAUUUUCCUCUGUUA